AUCUUCAUUUCAGCCAUAUUUUCCUCGUGAAAUUCAAUUUCUCCCUCUCUUUCUGUCUUCCUUCCUAAUCUUAUUAUGUCAGAAGAUUCAAAGCCCGAUGUAAAGCCAGAUGCGGCAGGAUCUGGAGAACACAUCAAUCUCAAAGUAACGGGGCAGGAUGGCUCAGUAGUACAUUUCAAGAUAAAGAAGAACACUUAGUUCAAGAAGCUAAUGACGGCUUAUUGUGACAGACAGGGCUAUCAAAGGAAUGCCAUUAGGUUCAUAUUCGAUGGUACACAGAUACAAGAGGAUCAAACGCCAAUUGAUUUGGAUAUGGAAGACGAGGAUACCAUAGAAGUGUUCCAGGCGCAAACAGGAGGGGGCAGAGUUUAUUAAUAGCUAUACCUCUAAGCUCAUUCUCAUCUCCCUCUCUCUCUUUCUCUCUUUCUUUGAAAUCUCAACGAAACACCAAAACAGUAUAUGAACUUGCAU